AAAAAGGCAGGAUACUCACGUUUCCCAUUGCGGUGAAAGAGGAGCUGAUAAACACCUGAAUCUCAUAUUUCGUCCUCUCCAUUCCUCACUGGCCGCCAGGAACUCCACGUUUGCUUGGAAGCCCUGGUAAUGCCCGUAUCCGUCAAGCCUCUCGUCAACCCCUGCUUCUCGGCGUUUACAGGCGAUAUUCAAUUGGAGUUCAAAGCCCAAAAUUUCCGGGUGUCGCGGAGACGCCUGAGAGACAAGGGGAAAAGUCAGGAUCUGUGAUGAAUUCGUCAGAACAAAAUGGGCCAAGAUAAUCAGGAACUCAAAAGUCGGCGGCCGCGCGUUGGAUACGAUUUAUUAUUACGGCCAUUGGGUUUCAUAGACUAAACAAGGUAUUGGAUCCAAUCCUAAUAUCUUUACUCAUCAGCACUACCUAUACGUGCAAACCGGGCUUGUUUCACCAACCACAGCCACGGCUUGAGCUGCACCCAUCACUCAUCGUUCAUUGCUUUGUUUCCGCAGACUCGUUAACCCAAUUUCAAUCUUCUUCUUCUUCUUCCUCCACCCUUUGGAGACUAGGUGCCAGAGGACAAAGCAUGGGUUUGUUUGGCUGACUCCGCCGAGCUGAACUGGGCUUGUCUGCUGCUGGCGUCAACUCCCGUUUGGAACAUGCUGACUUUGGAUCAUGUCCAUCAUGCUUGACUGACAAAAGACGUUUAAACUCUGAUUCAAUAUUUUUCCUUCCUUCAAACCCUUCUCCAAAAGUUGCAGAAUAUUAUCUCGACAAGUGUCUCGUGACUUGCACGAGAUCGCCUCCCUGAAUCCUUAGUAACUUCCCUAGAAAUGGCUCCCUGGUCGAGUCGUCGUGGGUCGCAACCCAACAACAACUCUAACGGUGACCUCAUCAGUCGAAUUCACAAUACGGCCUUACACACGCCUACCACAUUACCUGCGCUCUACUCGACAAAUCUGCCAAAUACAUCAAACGGGAAUCGCCUCGAGUUAUCCUUCUCCAAUGCCAACGCCGAUUCCAGCUCCGACGAGUCUGACUUGCAUCCCUCGCGGCCUCAAUCUUCCAAACCUCGUCGGCCACAGCACACGCGCUCUAUGAGCCAGCCUUUCCCUUCUCUCUUCAGCAGCAAGAAAAAGAGACAGAACUCAGUCGGCGCACCACCGCCUGACCUGGGUUUUGCAGAUGAUGACUCGGCAAUGCCUCGACAAGCACCAAAGACGCACGCUCGAAACCCUUCUCAUACUCGAAACGGCCCGGUAGGAAGUAAGGAUUUUACGACAGGCAACUGCAUGACAUGUGGCUCGUUAGUACGGUGGCCGCGGGAGCUCAAGGUGUUCAAAUGCACGAUCUGUACUACAGUCAAUGAUUUGGAGCCUCUGAGUGCAGAUCAUGAUGGUUCGAAGUCGCGUAGAGAUGCAAGCCAGGAUCCCACCCAGUCUGUCCCAACUCGAGGUCUGCAUAUCUCGAUCGAACAGACAAAGCGACUGGUUCAACAAUCCAUACAAUCCUUCCUUUCUAAGAAGUUGCAUUCAAUUCCUGAACCUCCCACCGAGGCGCCGCCACAACCGCCGCCGCAGAGCAAGUUGUCAUUUAGCAGCCGAAUGCAGGCUGCUGGCCAAAGCCUUGCGCCGGUCGAUUUUAGACAGGAAGCAGCGCCUUCAUCCGAGUCCCCUACUAUACAGGUUUCUCAUUAUGCGUUCGAUGAGGAACCGACACUACGGUCGAGUCCCACCCGACCGAACCCUACGCCAAUGCGAUCCUUCUCUUCUUCUUACACCGAAAGACCUCCAGUACGUAAGAUAUUGCAAGAACGCGGGCCAAAAGAGCAACGUAAAUUGCCGGAUCAAUCUGAGGGUGACCCGAAAAGGAUAUUCAAGGCUUUGGAAGACUACAUCGUAGCCUGCUUUGGCUCAUUCGAAUGUAUUAACUCAUCAUUCCUAACGCAUACCCACCGCCAGCCCAUUAGAUGUAGAAGCGAAUCAACUCGUCGCAAGCCUAUGCUACCUAGUGAGCCUCGUGGACAGAGAGGGCAUCGUCGCGAGUCUUCAGGAAACCAUGCUGCUCGUGAGCCACGAGAGGAGCAGUUUACUCCGCAAUUUGAAGAUGGAUCAUGCGACCUCGAUCCAAAGUUGCUACUUUUAGGUGACUUUGCCGAGAAUGGGACAUGGUGGAUGGGAAACCAAGAAGACUCUCGGCCUCGACGGCCGUCGACAAACCGUGUGGAACGGAGUUUCUCAAGCGCACCGGUCAACACGAAGACACCGCAAAUGAGCUGGGGCGAUCUCAUCAAAUGGUACACCACUAUCGUGAAUCCUGCUGAGGGAUGGUUUGCGAUUUACGAGGAGAUGUGUCAAGGAAAAGGCUUUUUAACCCCUUCUCAACGAGAAUUGCAAUUAAUGGAGCGGGAACUACUGCAGGGCCAAGAACAUGCUCGGCGAGUUCUCCUUAAAGCAACCGAAAUGCUUCUAAGAAGACCUGGAAGGCCAUUGAAGGAUCCAGCAGACUUGAGGUUUCUCCUAAUCAUCUUAGAAAACCCAUUACUAUACGAACAUGAAACAUUGUUUCGGGGAAUUCUACAAUUCGAGAAAAACUUGCCUUCUGGCCCAAGGUCAAUACAGCAGAGAAAAGCCAGCACCCCUGAAUCUGGGCCUUUAUCUGGGCAACACUCUGGCAUCAUCAAGCGCAUAGUGGGUUUAGUAUCAAACUCGUCGGCUGAAUGCCAUAACCAGUUAAUCGCCUGGUUUUCAAGACAUCACCCUUCUCGCUUCAUUCGUACCAAAGAGUUAGCAUCUGGUUUCUUAACAUAUCGGAUGAUUCGACAGAGUGGAAAGAAGCAAGAGGUGAAAGUUGACAUCACAGCUGGCCUGAUUCCGCAAAUGCAAGAAGGGCGCUCAGGAGCUUACCUCUACGAUGAGAUACACCGCGCAAACUCGUCGAAGAAGGCCAAGGAGCCUGAAAAGAAAAUCAUGUAUGCCGAAGAUUGGCAGAUUAGAGCUUCUUCGCGGGUCUUGGCGCUCCUCUUCGCUGCCAAUAACUUGCCACACAGCCGGAGAAAUGAAGAAUCCCCUUCGGGCUCGGCCGAGGGUCGCUCUAAUGUUCAUUCUCACGGACAAAUCCUACCAACGAGCGACUUCUACAAUUCAAUGAUCGACUACACUGACUUAGUUGCGGACUUUGAAAAUUGGGAAGCUCGUAGGAGCAAGUUCACGUUCUGCCAGUACCCAUUCCUUUUGAGCAUAUGGGCCAAGAACCAUAUUCUUGAGCACGAUGCUCGUCGCCAGAUGCAGAGCAAAGCCCGUGACGCCUUUUUUGAUAGUAUCAUGAGUCGCAAGGCUAUCAACCAGUUCCUCGAAUUAACUGUUCGCCGAGAUUGUCUGGUGGAUGAUAGUCUAAAAGCUGUCAGCGAGGUGAUUGGAAGUGGGAGCGAGGAUAUAAAAAAGGGUCUUCGUAUUACCUUUAGUGGUGAGGAGGGAGUAGAUGCUGGUGGUCUACGGAAAGAAUGGUUUUUACUUCUGGCCAGAGAAGUUUUCAAUCCUGACCAUGGCCUUUUUCUUUAUGACGAGGAUUCUCAGUAUUGCUAUUUCAACCCGAACGCUUUUGAAACCUCCGAUCAGUUCUUCUUGGUCGGAGUCGUGAUGGGACUUGCUAUAUACAACUCGACUAUUCUGGAUGUGGCUCUCCCUCCUUUUGCAUUUCGAAAACUUAUUGCAUCUGCUCCAACACACGGUACAGGGGCAUCAGCUCACCCAAGACCUCCCAUGCGUUAUACCCUCGAAGACCUGGCAGAAUACCGGCCUCGACUAGCUCGAGGAUUACGGCAGUUGCUAGAAUAUGAAGGCAAUGUGGAAGACACCUUCUGUCUCGAUUUCGUUAUUGAUAUGGAUAAAUACGGUACUCAGGUGCAGGUUCCCCUUUGCCCUGGAGGCGAACGCAUCCCUGUCACAAACAGCAACCGUCGAGAAUACGUGGACCUUUACGUGCGGUACAUAAUCGAUGUGUCUGUAACAAGACAGUUCGAGCCCUUCAAACGAGGUUUCUACACUGUAUGUGGAGGUAAUGCCCUGUCUCUCUUUAGGCCAGAAGAGAUUGAACUCCUUGUACGAGGCUCUGAUGAAGCACUUGACAUCAACUCGCUAAGGGGAGUCGCUGAGUAUGAUAACUGGGGAACUAAAAAGCCAGAUGGUUCCGAACCCGUUAUUGACUGGUUCUGGGAGACAUUUCAGGCGGCGACAUCUCAAGAUCAACGGAAACUACUCCUGUUCAUCACUGGUAGCGAUCGAAUUCCUGCUAUGGGUGCAGCUGUACUACCGAUUAAGAUAUCCUGCCUCGGUGAGGAUGAAGGCAGGUUCCCCAUUGCUCGAACGUGCUUCAACAUGCUAUCUCUGUCACGAUACAAGUCAAAAGAAAGGUUAGAGAAGUUAUUGUGGACUGCUGUUCAUGAAAGUGAGGGCUUUGGGAUAAAGUAAAUGGUACAGUUGAUGAAAUUACGAAUGAGCAUUCAUUUCAUUUACGGAGUUUUGAUAGGUAGUUCAAGGGGUUUUGGGAGUGUAGAUCUAUAUAUAGGACCUCUCAAGGUGCAAUUAGAAACUGAAGUCGUUUGUCUAUAAGAGAUUCUAUCGGAGAAUCGCAAUUCUUCAACAUUGAAAUGUACGUUGUACGUGUGCGACAGCCCAACAAUCCGUUCAUCGACCAACGUAGGAGUCCAAGCAGAAGGUAGUGGGACUUUCUAAAUUUCCAACUUGUACACUUGCCAGAUAUGUGGCAUUCGUUAAUACACAUUUAUUGUACAGCAUCGUUAUGGUCUCUUUCAUUCAAAGCCUUUUCACGAAUCCUCUUCCUCAGCAACACCGCCAGCAGCCCGGGCUCGCUUCAGCAUGUCCUCCUCGCGUUUCUUCUCCUCACGUAGACUCCUCAUCCGUGCUCGGUCGACCUCGGCUUGUCUGGCCAUGGCGUCCAGCUCCUGCAAUUCACGAAUCUCCUCCUUGGUGGGUUUGAUGGGGACAGCACGGGUCUCGGCAAGUACGUAUUCAAGAAUGUGAGAGGAGUGUUUCUCAGUCAUAUCGACGGUAAUAAUCUUCUCGUCAGCGUCCGGUGGUGUGGCCUUGGACAUGUUAUUGCGUGAUGAGGAGGGCUGGGAACGGGUAGCGGGUGCGGGAGUUGAAGCGUCGGGUUUGCGGAGAUAGAUAGAGAGUGUAGGCUUCUUGUUGUUCCGGCUGUGACGAUUGACGAUCAUAGGAACUGAGGGAUUAUGGUAUUUUAGUCGGGGGAGGUUCUCACGCCAGAACUUUCUGUUUUUUGGUGUAUUAGUUGAUGUGCCAGAGACCUUGAUAUAUGGACUAACUUGGCGCCCAUAUGACCGUUCUU